AUGGGGCUGGACGAUAACGCCUGGUGCGCAUAUCACAGGUGUAGAGGUCACUCCACGGAGAAAUGCUUCCGCUUAAGAGAUUUAAUCGAAGAACUAAUCAAAAGCGGACACCUUCGCAAAUUUAUUGACGACGCCGCCCAAGGGCGGGUUGUCGUGCCAAAAGUCCCCCGGCAGGAGCCACGAGACCCUCCUGGGCCAAGCAGAGAGCCUCCCAAGGGGAGAAUCUCCGUGAAUACAAUAGCGGGAGGAUUCUCAGGCGGGGGCGAAUCAAGCUCAGCAAGGAAAAGGUAUGUACGCCGAGCCAUCUCGGAGAUAUACCUCGUAAGUCAGCCUCAGCCAUUAGACGUACCAGAUUUGGCAUUCACGGCAAAGGAUGGUUUGGAGGUAGCACCCCAUGACGAUGAUCCUUUAGUGAUACAAGUCCAAAUUUUGAACUGUGAUGUAAAAAGAGUACUGAUAGAUUCGGGGAGUUCAGCGGACAUUAUGUACUGGGAAGCUUUCAAGGCCAUGCAAUUAGCAGAAGAGCAAUUGCAACCAUACUCCGGAACCCUGGUUGGGUUCUCUGGCGAACAAGUGGACGUAAUGGGUUACGCCUCCCUUCUUACCACGUUUGGAGAAGGCAGCAACGCCAAAACUAUCAAGGUGCGAUAUCUGGUAGUUAAAACUCCUUUUACCUCCUAUAAUAUUAUUAUAGGAAGACCCGCCUUUAACGCAUUAGGGGCGGCCAUGUCCACUCUAUACCUAGCAAUAAAAUACCCCCUCGAGAAUGGGGGAGUAGGAACAGUAAGGGGCGAUCAGAUUCUCGCCAAGAAGUGCUACGAGUCUAGCUUAAAGAUACGACACCGAACUUCCAGCGCAAGCGGGAAAUUCGAAAGAAGACAAGCCGCAACUCCAGGCGGCAUAAACAUCAUAGAGAGCGCAGAUAUGGAUCCAAGGGAGGAAUUCCAAGAUCGAAGGAAAGUCGAAGAUGUCACAGGCGCAAGGACAAAGUUUCCUAGACGAAGACGACAGAAGGCGUUACCUCACAACGUAAUGCAAAAAUAA